UGAAGCUGUUCGAGACGCAGAUCGUCUCUCUUUCCAUUGUCGCCUAAAUUCUAUGUAACUUUUGGUGUACAUGUUGAUCUUCCUGUGGCACUCAAAUGUUAUUUAUAGUAUUUAUAGAUUUUCAUAUCGAGGUGUUGUAUAUCUUAAUUAAUGUGACAUGGACGAAGAAAAUUCAAAAAUAGAAAAUCCAGCGAUUAUUAGUCUCGAACUACAGUUGUGAGGACAUAGCGCGCCCAAACAAACCAGCGGAAUUGCUCAUACUAAUUUUCGAGAUUUAAUGGUUAUUGUACGUUGGUAGUGACUGAACUUGACACGGUGGAUUCUGAACAAGCCUAAAAUGGAACAGAACACCAUCUCAUAGAUUACUACACCUGAUUUCACAUGAAGUGAUUAUAUAAGGCUGUAUCAAGGAGAUUUUUACAUAAUGGACAAUACAGAGGGAGAAAGCUGAAGAAUUAUUGUUGCUAAGCAUUGAACAUGAUCUCUCCAAGCCAUUCAUUUGUUGGCCACUGACUGCAAGGUGAUGUUAUCAAGAUCAGUACUUCAGAUCUAGUCACACUGUCACCCAAAGUGGUCCUACUCAUCAGCUGUCCUGACAUGAUGGAUCAGAACAUCUCUCUUUAUGCUACACCCAAACUCUUAAAGCCUUCUCCCUUUCUAGUUUACCAAAUGACUAUCCUUUGUGAGCCUCCCGGUGAAGGUUAUCCAGUUUUUAAAUUUACAUACUUAAUUUUUAGAUCUCGGUCACAAGUCAGGGUCUUGGGGUCUGUGUUUUCAAUCUAUAAACUUACUGGUUUUGCAAGUGUCACAGUCCAGUCAUGAUUAAAAAAUAAAAUUUCAGAAUCAGUCCUCUACUUCUAGUGUAGCCCAUAGCUAUGUGCCUUAAAUAGUCUCCCUUCUUCCUUUGGUUUGUGGCUUAGCCAACUGGAACUAAAUUUCAACAUGGCACAUUGACCUUGAAAUCAAAGAUGACGGACAGUAGCCCUGGCACAAAGUGUGCUGAUUGGACAAUCGCUUCUCAUGUUAUGCCAGGCACUUCAGAAGGAGGGGGACUGUCUCCCAUUAGUGUGGUUGUUACAACUGUUAUAACACCUACUUCCAUAACUGCUUCAGAAUCUCCUACCAGCUCAGAUAACACUAGACGUCGCGUCUCUCCUAUCAAACUAGUCGGUGUUGGUGGUUUAGAACGUCAGAACUACUGCUGUGGUCACUGGUUUCCUUCGUCGAAGAGCUUUCACCGCCACCUGGCAGAGAAAGCCCUUGUGGAUCUCACACAUGAGAUGAAACUAAUUGAGCUGGGAAUGUUGAGGUGCGCACACUGUUCCAUGUGGGUACAUGUAGACAAUAUGAGUGGUCACCUAAGGAAAAGUCAUGGUAUCAUCAAAGUGAACAAGACUUCCAAAAUAAUACCUGGGAAUACAGUUAAUGAAAUUAGUGGGAUUAGUGCAGACACAUUGAAAACAGGAACAAAUUUUGUAAUAAAGGUCAGUGGCCAGUCUGCUGUGAGAUCUUCUAAUGGUGAGAUAUCCAGUUCUAUGGCAAAUUCCAGCACUGUAAAGCUGGUGACAACUUCUAGUGGUAGCUUAUAUCAUAAAGUGCAUCAGCUUCAACAUGCUGCCACCACUGGCAUGGGUAAGGUCAUUGUGCAUAAAUCAACACCAACCUCUGUACCUGUGGUCAGUAGGGGACCAAGAAUAGUUAUGAAAUCUGUUGGACGAAAAAAUGUUAUUCCUUUGGGCAGUACCUCCAAGGGACUUUCGCUGCCAAAGAGUUCUCAGGCAGUAUCGACCGCAGCAACUACAGCGAGAAAUAUAAAUGGCCUCACUACAGUACAGAUCACAGGAGGAAACAUGACAGUAUUAAACAAUACGAGAGAGAAAACAUCAUCCACCAAAUCUGUGGUGUCACAUGAUGGGUUAUCAAAUAUGAAUGGGCAGAGUUUUAAAUUUAUUAAAAAGAUUGCAAAUGUAAAGACAAAAAAUAAAACUCUUGAUUCCCAACCUACAGAUGCCAGCCCCAGCACUGAGUUACCACUUAGUGCAAAAACCAAAGAGAAAGGAAAAGUCUCAGCAAAUGGAGAAACUGCAGCUCUAAAACCUUCACAGGUAAAGAAAAGUCGUAAACAAGUGUUAAAACCCAGUAUACCAGAUGUGAGCUAUGAUGCAAACACAUCCUUGAAUGUCAACGGAAAAAUUAAGAAAAGGGGAAAGAAACAAUCGGCUGAGGCAGAAUUAUUCAAUGCUGAAAAAGUGAAUAGUGGUAAUCCCUCUGUAAACCAUAAAGGACACAGAAGAAAAUCGAGGGAAGCUCCUGACUCUGAGAAUUAUACCCCAAAAACAUCAAGACAGACUUCCAAGGGUGUUAGGGGAGGGUUGAAGAAGAAGAAGAGAGGACCCGGUCGGCCUCGUAAGAUACGCAUAGAUGAAACCCCAGAUCUGUCUGAAAUAGAUUCUCUUUUUGAUGAGGUUAAUAAAGAAGACUUGGAAAAUGAGCCGGUUCUAAAGACAAAGAAAGAGGAAGAAAAUGUCCCAACUGUUGAACUUGAUCUGUUUACUCUCCCUUCCCUCAAUGAACAGGUGUCUGUAUUACUUACUGAACCUCAAAACCCAAACUUUAAAGUGUAUGCGAGUAUGGAUGCCAUCUUUGUGGGGGAUUCUGCAUUAGGGGAUGUUACAAACCAAAUAGGGUAUGUAACAGAUGCUAACAAUGUUGUUUAUGUUAACCCAAGUCACUUCCUCUUCCCCAAUGUUGAAGAUCUGGAAAACUUUGUACCUAGUCCAAUAUUGACUAUGAAAGGAAGCAAGGUUGGUUUUACUCCAGUGAGACAAAUGUGGAAACUUAAUGCAAACAAAGCCCAUACACCAGUUGUUCUAAGAGAUAAUAAAUUUAUAACUUUAAAUGUUUCUAAAGAAGCCUCAAAAGAGUCUAAUUGUGAUGUAGGUUCUGAAAAAGUAUGUUUGGAUGAUAGAGAAUCUCAAGUCGCUUCUGUUUCUCUGAGACAGAAUGGAAAGGAGAAGCUUGUAAAAGAUACAAAUGUUGAUGCCAAUCAGACUGAAAACGUUUUGAAUGUAAAACCACUCAGAAUAGUAAAGUCUGAUGUUGGUCAAGAUACUGAUUGUACCAAAAAUGUCAUUACAUCUAAAGUGAGUGGUACCAGUGAAACUGAAACAUCAUCUCGUAUAACAAAGGAAAUAAAGGCUUUGUUGAGUCCUAAAAGAAGAGAUCUGAGAAGAAGGACUAGUUCACAAUCAAGAGAUGGGAAAGAGGAGGAAAAAGCCAUUAAGUGUUCUGAAGAAAGCCUCCCUGUACUGUCAUCUGUAGGGGAUAUUUCUUUGAUUGGCAAAGGUUCACCUGGAUUAAAUCAAAGUACGGAUGAUGACUCCCAGUCCAAGAUGCAGAGUAAUAUAAUUUUUACUCAGGAAGUGAUAUCAGAAGGCUCAAAAUCCCCAGUAAUAUUACAGAAGACAUCAGUUUCUUCUUCAGUUGUAACUGAAGCUUUAGAGUUGCCCAACAUAUCAGAUAUGGAGGAGACUACCCAAAAGGAGGAGGUUCAAAAUUCGGUAACACCUUGUAAACUCAACUCUGAAAGUACUUUAGAACUAGAAACACCUCUGUGCUUUUCUCAAUUCAAGUCAGGAAACACAUUAAUUGUUCCUCAAGAAUUAAUGUCGGAAGAUUUAGUAUUGCCUGUAAUAUCAAAGACAAAACAAACACCUUCACCAUGUAAUAACAUUAAUAAUGACGCUUUGAUAGUUGGUUUUAAAGAAAAUGAAACGGAAGAAGCAUUAAAACAUUUAUCCCAGUCUGAAAUGAACCACAUCAGCCCUGUAGCAGAUUUAGAUACACCGAAGAAAAAAGACAUGCCAAGGAGGAGGAGGAGGAGAUCAAGGACAAAAUCCGCAGACACAGUUGGCAGAUCUAUGGAAACUCGGCAAGGUGCAGAGUCUGGUUGUAAUGAUAAGGAUGAUUUAAGACAUUCCAGAAGAAAAACUAGACAACUAAGUGAGAGUUCAGUUAUAAUGAAGGAGACAAAAAGCAAUGAAUGUGACAGGCUAUCAAUUUCUGAUAUGACAUACAGAUUGCGGAUGGAACAUUUACCAUUGCCAUUGGGUCAACAAAAUAAAAAGGAGGAAGUGUUCGAUGAUUUGGUUGAACAAAUGUCAUAUCCAGUAACACCCAGUAAUCUCACAACAACACUCUCUAGUACAGAGUGCAGAACAGUUGAGAGUGUUUCACCUGAAAGAGAAUCAAAGUACUCAAUAAAGACCAGAGAAAAUAGAGAAACACCUGUUAUGGUGCAUAAUGAAGCUGAAUGUAAAACUCCUGUAAGACUAGGGCGACAGAGGAGAAGAAGUAGCAAGUUAUUAGAAACCCUGGGUGUAGAACCACUGAAAAUAGGCACUGUUACUGCACCAGUGGAAGAAAUACCUUUAGCAGAGAAAGAUGGUCAAGAUAGGUUGUCUGACCAAGAGAAGGCUAAGGUAGCAACCUCAGUAAGGGACAAGCAACUGAGCUCUAAAUCAAUAGAUAGUAUGACAGUAAUUAGUCAUAGUCUAAAGAGAGCUUCCCCACAGCAACGGGAAGAUAGUCUAAAGAGAGCUUCCCCACAGCAACGGGAAGAUAGUCUAAAGAGAGCUUCCCCACAGCAACGGGAAGAUAGUCUAAAGAGAGCUUCUUCACAGCAAUGGGAAGAUAGUCUAAAGAGAGCUUCCCCACAGCAACAGGAAGAUAGUCUAAAGAGAGCUUCCCCACAGCAACAGGAAGAUAGUCUAAAGAGAGCUUCCCCACAACAAUGGGAAGAUAGUCUAAAGAGAGCUUCACAGCAACAGGAAGAUAGUCUAAAGAAAGCUUCCUCACAGCAACAGGAAGAUAGUCUAAAGAAAGCUUCCUCACAGCAACAGGAAGAUAGACUAAAGAAAGCUUCCCCUCAGCAACAGGAAGAUAGACUAAAGAGAGCUUCUUCACAGCAACAGGAAGAUAGUCUAAAGAAAGCUUCCUCACAGCAACAGGAAGAUAGUCUAAAGAAAGCUUCCUCACAACAACAGGAAGAUAGUCUAAAGAGAGCUUCUUCACAGCAACAGGAAGAUAGUCUAAAGAAAGCUUCCUCACAGCAACAGGAAGAUAGUCUAAAGAAAGCUUCCUCACAACAACAGGAAGAUAGUCUAAAGAGAGCUUCUUCACAGCAACAGGAAGAUAGUCUAAAGAAAGCUUCCUCACAGCAACAGGAAGAUAGUCUAAAGAAAGCUUCCUCACAACAACAGGAAGAUAGUCUAAAGAGAGCUUCUUCACAGCAACAGGAAGAUAGUCUAAAGAAAGCUUCCUCACAGCAACAGGAAGAUAGUCUAAAGAGAGCUUCACAGCAACAGGAAGAUAGACUAAAGAAAGCUUCCUCACAACAACAGGAAGAUAGUCUAAAGAGGGCUUCUUCACAGCAACAGGAAGAUAGACUAAAGAAAGCUUCCUCACAACAACAGGAAGAUAGUCUAAAAAGGGCUUCCUCUUCCUCACAGCAACAGGAAGAUAGUCUAAAGAGAGCUUCUUCACAGCAACAGGAAGAUAGUCGAAAGAAAGCUUCUUCACAGCAACAGGAAGAUAGUCGAAAGAGAGCUUCUUCACAGCAACAGGAAGAUAGUCGAAAGAAAGCUUCUUCACAGCAACAGGAAGAUAGUCGAAAGAGAGCUUCUUCACAGCAACAGGAAGAUAGUCGAAAGAAAGCUUACUCACAGCAACAGGAAGAUAGACUAAAGAGAGCUUCUUCACAGCAACAGGAAGAUAGACUAAAGAGAGCUUCCUCAUCCUCACAGCAGCAGGAAGAUAGUCGAAAGAAAGCUUCACAGCAACAGGAAGAUAGACUAAAGAAAGCUUCUUCACAGCAACAGGAAGAUAGACUAAAGAGGGCUUCCUCUUCCUCACAGCAACAGGUAGAUAGUCUUAAAGGAGCUUCCCCACAGCAACGGAAAGUGAAACAUUUAUCCACAGACCAUAUUGAUAAAAUUUCAGUUCAGAGACAAGAGCCAGUAGAUGAUACUUCUGGAAAUCCUUCAACCGUAUCUCAGUUGUCAUGUAAACAUUUUGAUGUAUUAUCAGUUAAAACUGAAGAGGAAAACAUCAUUUGUAAGGAAAAAAGGAAAACUAGACUUCCCAGGGCAGAAAUCUCAUUACCAGUGUCUCCAUUAAGAGAGAGUGACUUGUCUCCAUCACGUGAGUGGCAUGGGCGAGGUGCAAAACUUAAGGCUCAAGUGCUUAUUCAGGACCAACAAGCUGGUGUAAUAGACUCACAGAUAAUUCCAACUAGUAAUGACAGAUUGUCUCGUUCCAAAGAAACUACACCUGCUUCAUAUAAUACCAAGGAGUCUUCCAGUCCAAAAUUAGCAACAUCACCAAGUUUGGAAACACGGUUUUCUCCUUCCACUCUACAUCCAAAAUCUCCAGGCACUAUUAGUUCUCCCAUCAGCCCUAAUGCUUCAAGGUCACCAAAGUCGCCAAGGUCUGUACACGAUAGAGAAUGGCAAGCACGGGGAGCAAAGCUUAAGGCGCAGAUAAUGAUAAGUGAUCAACAAAACAGUAUGAUGGAGUUUACUGAAGAUCGUUAUUCACCGUCGCCCCCAGCCAAAAAGUUAAAAAUCGAUAAUUCACCCGGAACAAUGAAAGAUAUUCGCUCAUACUUUGCUGUACAGAAAUCGCCAACAAAAACAUCUGAUGAGAGACGUCACUCAGCUAGUUCAAGUCACGCUAGUAACUCUACAACCGUACCCAAGAAAACCAAGAAAUAUCCUUAUAUGAAAAGUGAUAUUAGGUCAUUCCUUUCUUCGAGUGCAAAUACAAAAAGAAAAUAUACGUCGCCGGAAAAAUCGUAUUCCAAAAAUGUAAAAGCAAAGAAAAUUACCUUUUCUAUAUUUCCUAAGAAAUCACCAAAGAAAGAAAAUGUUCAAGCUGUUCAUCACUUGCGUAAGAAAUUUGAACUUUUAGGAAAUAGAACCUCAAAAUUGUCUGCUCCCACUCUUCCUAUUGCUUCAUGUGACUUUGAAGGUUUUGAUAGGUGCUCCCGACAAUCGGGUCUCCGAGCCAAGUCUCUGUUAAGACUAGUGUCUUUGUUAGACAUGAAAAGAUGGUACCACUUGGGGAAGUUUCCUUUGCCAGUAGAUGAGCUUUGUGAUUGGGAUGAUGAGUUGUUAAGUUCCAUACUCUUUGAUUGAAAUUUAUGGAGAGCAUUUAAAAGAUAACUUUUUUAUUAUUAUAACUCUGAAACCUUUUCUCAUUGGUUCUAUAGUAAUUACUUUUGUUCCUAUUUAUGUAAAUAUACUUAAUGGAUUCUAAAUUUCAGUAGUACAAUAUUGAACUUUAAACUUGUAUCUUUGUAAUAAGUAAAAUUUCACUUCAUGGCAAUAUGCUGAAGGGAAAUGUUAUACAGCACUGAAGAUUUUCUGUUUCAUAGUUUCUUACUAUGUUCAAAGAAAUAUUUUCAUGAAUCAGGUAUUAUUCUCUAAACUGUGACUUGAAAUCGUACAAGAUAUAACUUAGGUAUUUUUCUCUGUAAAAUUUGUCAGAUAUAUACUUGGUGUAUGAGUUAUUGCACAAUUUACAGCCAAGUACUGACCUUAGCUGUCAGUUGUGUAACAAGGUUCACAAAACAUUAAUUUUGUCCAUGUAAAAUGAUACAAUCAACCAUGUGAAGGAGAAUGGAGACAUGAGAUGGUGUUGGACCAGAGUGUAAUGUAGAUGCCAUUGUCAGAUUGAUCAUUAUAGUGUUCUGGUAAUUUAUGUUGUUUAGAAACCUCAACACACGCACACACUCUCUCUUUUUAUUAUGAUUGAUAUUAAUAAAUACAGUAUAUUCACAAACAAGUAGCUUUUUUUUUUCUUUUUUUUUUUUUUACAAACAGCAUUGUGAAAAAUGCAUUUGGAGUACCUGUGCUAUCUUCCCUUAAAUAUUUUCAACUUAUAAAAAAUACAACUGUUGCAUAAUAAAACCCUCUUUAAAAUGCAAACUUGAUACAGGAUAUCAUCACAUUUGGGGUAAGUGACAUACACAUUAGCUAGGUUUCUCACGUGGAGUUCUUUUGUAUCAUAGAUGUCAGGUAAUUGGAAAUUGACGUGGGAGAGGAAGUGACAAAGAUGUGAGCAUUGGGAUUAAUUUAUUUUUUAAGGCUUUAUCAGUUGUGUUAAAACUGAGACCAAGGAUGUUCUUGGUGGUAUGGCAGGAUAUGGAGACAGACCAAGGAUGUUCUCGGUGGUAUGGCAGGAUAUGAAAACAGACCAAGGAUGUUCUCGGUGGUGUGACAGGAUAUGAAAACAGACCAAGGAUGUUCUCGGUGGUGUGACAGGAUAUGAAAACAGACCAAGGAUGUUCUUGGUGGUGUGGCAGGAUAUGAAAACAGACCAAGGAUGUUCUCGGUGGUGUGACAGGAUAUGAAAACAGACCAAGGAUGUUCUCGGUGGUGUGACUUGUUUUGAUAAUGUUAAUCUCACAUACCUUGUCAUCUCAUUUACCACUUUAUUUAUUUAUUACUACUGUGACUCACUAGGGGAGCAUCAUAAAUAUUAAUAUUCCCUUGAUAUCAGUUCUCUUAUGUGACAGAUCUGAUUGUUUAUAUCAUUACCAUAAGUUUUUAAGAAUUGGAAUUUUGGGGAAUUUCUCUUAGGAGGCUGGCAGUUAGUUUUUGCAAACUUCCAUAAUUACUUGACAAAAGCAGGUGCAGCUUUUAUUUUCCAGUAUUUAGUAAGUAAAUCACUGGUGUAUCAGGCUAUGUAUGGUGACUAGGGAAGUGUUGAACCUUGUUUGUCAGAUACCAGAUAGUAAAUAUUUUUGUACAGUUCCUCUUCCUCAACCCCCUUGUACAGCCAAGUUAAUAUUAUCCAUAUUGUUGUGAGCUUCCAAGUAAAAGAGAACAUACCAA